GUUUUGCAGAACAGGAAACAGUAACAGGACUGUUUUCCAAGGAUUGCAUUCUCCCCUGUCUUUUCCCACCUGGGGAUGAUGAAGUUAUUUACUGGAAGAAAGGAGACAAAUAUGUGCACAGCUACUAUUACCAGAGGGAUCAGCUGGGAAGUCAAGACCCGGAUUACAGACACAGAACGCACCUUUUCCAUGAGAACAUUCCUAGUGGAAAUGCCUCCUUGAAACUUAGUAACCUCACCUUGACAGAUGAGGGCCCUUAUAGUUGCUAUGUGGGAACCCAGCAAACUAGAACAGAAGUGGAAGUCACGCUGCGUGUAAGAGUAUCGUCUUAUUAUGCAUUGGAAUACCAAAAGACAGACAAAGAAAGGAUGCUGAAGUGCUAUGCCUUUCUCACUUACUCAGCACCACGUAUAUCUUGGGUACAAGGCAAUACAUCCAUCCAAGAAACAGGUCAGAAAGAAAUCAGGGAUGGAGUUCUCUAUUCUCUUAGAAGUGACCAGAACAUUAUAAACACAGAUGAGCCUUAUUAUUGUCAUAUUCAUCUACCUGAUGAAGAGUGGGCUGCUGAAUGGAAGAUGCAAGACCAACUGUCUCGUGUGGAACGAAGCAGCACUGCAAUUCCUUGUGGAUAUAGCAAUGACACUGCUAUCAGUGAAGGUUUCACUGUUGUCUGGACAUUGCACAGAAAUGCAGUGAUUUCAGUCCUGGCCUCCUUCAAUGGCACAUCUCACUCUUACCAACCUCGAGUCCAGAUUAACCAAAGUGAUUUUUCACUGAUCUUGGAUGAUCUUACUACAAAAGACAGUGGAGAAUAUCUGUGCAAUGUUUCAACACCUCACUACACAAGACUUACUGUGAGAACUUUGAAAGUUGAAAUGCAGAACAGGGAGGACACCAGAGAGACUAUUAUCUUUGUGGCAACACAGUCUGAAAGCAGAUAA